AUGAGCCCUCCUUGUCAGCCAUUCACAAAAAAAGGUGCCCAGCAAGGGAUCGACGAUCACCGAUGUGACUCUUUCAUGGCUUUACUAGGGAAGUUGAAGCAGAUGAAAAACCGUCCGCGUUGUAUUUUCCUUGAGAACGUGCUCGGUUUUGAGACAAGUUCUGUACACGAUCAGCUCAUUUCUACACUUACAGAGCUUCGCUACGGGUAUCAGGAAUUCAUUUUGUCGCCGCUUCAAUUUGGUGUGCCCAACUCAAGGCCUCGGUAUUACCUUCUUGCAUGCAUCGACUGGUACGCCACAGAGCCAGCUAAAGAGAUUUCCACGACGUUCGAAAGCUGCCACUCUUCUGUGCCAGAAGAAAUACAAUGCUUUUUGGACGAGUCACAGUCCAACAAGCACCUUUACCUGGAAAAGGAUAGUCUUCAAAAAUAUGCUCUGACUUUGGACGUGGUUUCUUUCAACUCGACAAGGUCUGCCUGUUUCACAAAAUCUUAUGGCAGCUACAUGACUGGAUGCGGAUCGUAUUUCUGCGAUAGGCUCGAUCUUAUGGACGGUAACCGCAUCAGUGCGGAUGCUCUCGCUGACGGAGAAGUUUUGGAAGAGGUUGUUCGUCUGUUUUCUCCUAGAGAAGUUGCCAACCUGAUGUGCUUUCCAGUGGAAUUCAAGGCACCUCCUGGUGCUACAGAUAAGCAGAUGUAUCGUUGUCUGGGGAAUUCUGUGAACGUUCGUGUAGUAGCUGCUCUUUUAACUAAGCUGCUACAUAGCUAA